GGUUCGGCCAGCCGAAAGGAAACCAACCCGACCCGACCGAGCGAGACCGAAACCCUUCGCGCUCAUCCCCUGACACACGGCGGCGCCGCCGCGAGAGCAGCCGCCUUCGCCGGUUCGCCCCCGCGAACUCCUCAGCCACCCCCAGAGCGCUGACGGUCGUUUCCACCAAGCGGCGGCGAUUAUUUCCACCUCCCACACCCCACUCCUCCCACACAAGGGCAGCCAAAGCUCCGGUGAGCAGGCAGGGCAGCGGCCACCGGGCGAGCAACCGUGUCUCAGUAUACACGGACCACGCGGAGAAACCAACGGCGCCAGCGUAUAGCGCCUCCUAUCUCUCUCCGCUCUCCGGGGCUGGUGAACUGCUCGCCCACGCCCACGCCCACAACCACGGCGAUGUUGCUGCGCGCCGCCGCCAUUCGCCGGGCCGCGGUGGCCGCCUACUCCACCGCGGCGGCGAGGCCGGAGACGGGGCUGUACGGAUUCGAUGUGCUGCGCACGGCCAAGGGCUUCCGCCGCUUCGUCGACGAGGCCAUCCAGCGGUCAGACGAGCUUGUUGCCCACAUCGCGCAGCUGCCGCCUUCAGCGGAGAUUGUCCGCGCCAUGGAUGAGAUCUCCAACACCGUUUGCUCGGUCAUUGAUUCGGCGGAGCUGUGCAGGAACACACACCCAGAUAGGGAGUUUGUGGAAGAAGGAGAUAAGGCAUCGAUGAGGAUUUACGAGCAUCUUCAGUACCUGAAUACAAAUACUACUUUGUACAACGCCAUACUAAAAGCUGAGAGUGAAGGUGUCCUGCUCACGGACGAAACUCGGAAGGCAGCUAAUAACUUGCGUGUUGAUUUUGAAAAAGGGGGGAUUCAUCUUCCUAAAGAUAAACUUGAGCGUGUUAAUCAGCUGAACCUUGCAAUUGCCCAGCUGGGUAGAAAGUUCAAUGAAAAUAUCAUGACGAAGCCAGGUUUUGUGGAUAUAUAUCCAGCUUCACGUAUUCCAAGAAGUAUCCAACAUAAUUUCAAGGCCGUUAGCCGUUCUAGGCCUAUGGGUAUUGAAGAACAAAGCAAUCCAAUGAAUACUACAAGGCAAAAGGGUCUAAGGAUAUUGGCAGACUCCGGAACUCUAUCAUCUGCACUGAGAUGGGUUUCGGAUGAGGAAGUCAGGAGACAGGUAUUCAUUGCAGGAAACUCUGAACCUCGUGAAAACAUUGCUGUUCUUGAUGAACUUAUAGAUGCUCGUGAUGAGUUUGCAAAGACUAUGGGUUGCAAAUCAUAUGCUGAAUUUGCUAUCCGUCCUAACAUGGCCGCAUCUGCAGAUGUGGUUAUGGCAUUUCUCAAUGAUUUGAGUGACAUUGUUAGGCAUAAAGCUGAUGAGGAAUUUAAUACUAUAAGAGAUUUCAAGAGAAGAAAAUGUAAUCAAAAGAGCGUGGAUCUUGAACCAUGGGACGAGGAUUACUAUAUUGGAAUGAUGAAAUCAUCUGCGCAUAGUGUGGAUCCCUCGGUUGUUGCAUCAUAUUUUCCGUUGUCCCAGUGCAUAAAGGGCUUGAAUGUGCUGGUGGAAUCAUUAUUUGGUGCCACAUUUAAUCAAAUUCCGAUGGGGGACGGAGAGUCAUGGCAUCCAGAUGUGAUCAAGCUGUCUCUUCAUCACCCUGAUCAGGGUGAUUUAGGAUUUAUGUAUCUCGACCUUUACUCCAGAAAGGGUAAAUAUCCAGGGUGUGCUCAUUUUGCAAUCAGAGGGGGGCGACGAUUAUCUGACUCGGAGUACCAGCUUCCAAUCAUUGCAUUGGUUUGCAACUUCUCAAGUUCUAGGGGAUUAACCGCAAGGCUCAACCAUUGGGAUGUAGAAACUCUUUUCCAUGAGUUUGGCCAUGCCCUACAUUCUCUGCUAUCAAGAACGGAAUAUCAACAUUUCUCUGGUACGAGAGUUGCUCUUGAUGUUGCAGAAACACCCUCUAACCUUUUUGAGUUCUAUGCGUGGGACUACCGUGUCUUGAGGACAUUUGCUCUAGAUGAAACAACUGGUGAUCCAAUUCCAGAAAAUCUGGUAAAGGCACUAAAUGCUUCUCGGAACAUGUUUCCAGCUACUGAGCUCCAGCGGCAGAUUUUCUAUUCUAUAAUGGACUUAACAUUGUUUGGGGAGCACACAUCAAAGCCAUUGGAUACAAUUUCCGCUGUUGCAGAUUUGAAAAGAAGGCAUACAAGUUGGAAUUAUGUAGAAGGCACUCACUGGCAUACUCGGUUUUCUCAUCUUAUAAACUAUGGUGCUGGGUACUACAGCUAUCUCUAUGCUAGAUGUUUUGCCACAACUAUAUGGCAUGAAAUAUGCCAAGACGACCCAUUGUCCCGCAGCACAGGUAGUGCGCUUAGGGACAAGUUCUUGCAGUAUGGUGGGGCUAAGGAUCCAUCUGCCUUGUUGAAGGAUUUUGUAGGUGAUUCUGUCAUUAGAAAUUCUGGUGGCGGAAUAAUUCCUGACAUUAGCUCGUUGCGUAAAGAAGUUGGUUUGUGAAUCACUGAGGAUGUAGACAGGGAUCAUUAUUCUUUGACAUUGAGGUUGAUGAAAGGGCCAAGCCAAGAACACUAAACUAAAGGCAUGGAGUGCAUGUUGGGGCUUCAGGAGCUUGAUCUCCUGAAACGGUGUCACAGGAUGACAUAAGCAUCUGGAAUGAUUAUACGGAGUACAAGAUUCUUGAAGAUUAUACUUGAUUGCAGUUUGAGGAUUAUAAAUGUGAUCUUUUCAGAUAUUAGAUCAAUUGAGUGGAUCCCAUGUGAUUCAUGAUGAAAAUAUAAGUCAACUAUGUAUAUGUGGAUGCAUGCCGUGAGGAUGAUCUACCAGAUGUCCCAUGCAAUGUCUCUUGUUUUCUGACAGUCAAUGUUGUUAUGGGGGCGGGGAGGUGGUGUUCACACUUGAGCACAUCGUCAGACACAUUUCAAGGUGGACAAAUGGCGCCUCCCUGCUAACUAGGUUUAUACUCAUUUCAACUUUUGACCUAAACUAUUAGGUAGAGCUAUACCAGCUUUUCAUGUUUUUUUGGUUGAUAUAUGAUUGCAUAUUGUGAAGAUUGUCAAUGCUUAAGCCAGUUUGAGCUCGUUACUGAAGAUGUGACUUGAGACGAACGAAUGCGAAAACUUUCUCUAUAUAUGGAUAUCCAUGUAACAUUACUAUGAACUUAAA